AGGCGUUUUCUGGCCGUUGUGCGUCCUGCAAUCUUAAUAUUGUGCUUCAAAGUUAGGUUUAGCAUGUGUUAUGUGACUAUAAAGUAAACAAAUUGAAUUCAGAUUAAAUACUGAUAAAACAUAACACAGAAAGAUGGAUUUACAAUACAAAACAAUUCAUCCUGUAAAAUAUUUACAGGAUCAUCUUGAACAAGGUGUUCGACCAGACAACAGAAAAUUCUUAUCAUUUCGGCCAGUAAGCAUAAAUGUGUCAUCAAUUGUUCAGGCAGACAGUUCAGCAAUAUUCAAGUUGGGUGACACAACUGCAGUUUGUGGCAUUAAAGCUGAACUAGCUGUACCAAAAAGUGAUACUCCAGAUCAUGGUUACAUAGUACCAAAUGUGGAAUUGUCUCCUCUGUGUUCCUCCAAGUUUCGUCCAGGCCCACCGAGCGAACAGGCACAGGUUCUUUCUAAAUUGAUAGAUAUCAUAUUGAGCAAUUCAACAGCGCUUGAUUUGAAAGAUCUGUGUAUCUGUAAAGGAAACUUAGUAUGGGUCUUAUAUUGCGAUAUUGUGUGUUUAAAUUACAAUGGUUCAGUCAUAGAUGCUUGCACCGGAGCAGUAAUUGCUGCUCUCAAAACAUUGAAACUACCUGAAGUGAAUUAUAACAAGGAAACAAAAGUCACUGUUGUAUGUGCAGAAAAUAAAAUACAGCUGACUGUGAAAACGCUACCAGUAUCUACGUCGUUUGCUUUAUUUGAGAAUCAAUUGUUGAUAGCUGAUCCUACAGAUGAGGAGGAAGAUUUAUCAUCAGGAAGAUUCUCUAUCGUGAUGGAUGAUGAGGAAGAAAUUUGUUAUAUACAUAAACCUGGUGGAAUCCCAAUCUCUACCAAUUUACUUUUUAAGGCAUUAGAAAUGGCAAAAACGAGAGCAAAGUUAAUUAGAUCAUUAAUCGAUGCUGCUAUAUCAACACUGAAAGUAAAUAUGGAAACAGAUGAUUAGAGUAUUUUUUUUAAAUAAAACUGUUUUAUCAUUCUUA